AUGGCCCAAUUUUCAGAUCUCCCACAAGAACUCCGUGACAUCAUUUGGGAAAUGGCGCUUCGGGCCAGGAGGCCAGGAGCCCAUUUCUUCACAGUUUACCAGUACUCUAUGGGCGCUGGUAUUAUAGACCCUUCUUGUCGUAUUCAGCUCCUGACUGAGGGCGAGAAAAACUGGUACCAAUCAUCCGGGCUCGCUGCACCCUGCCGUGGCCCGAAUGGCAGCUUUUCGUGGACUGAAGGAAACCCCUCGACGUACGUGGAGGACGCGGCUCUUUGGACAACAUGUCAGGACUCACGAAGACACAUGAAUCGCAGAUUCGGACCGGUCGAUAGCAGCCGUCUGAUCGCUGAGGGCCGGCCCCAAGAGACGCACUGGUGGCGCAUGCUAAACUCAAAAGCACCCUUGGCUCUGCAGAGCGAUACCAAGGAGCCGCAAUCCUUUAUGGUACACCCAAAGACAGAUCUUAUCAUCAUCCAGGCGCCCCCGUCCACGAGUCUCUCAUGUGACAGUGAUAGCGGCGAAGCUCUCUCUCCAGUUGAUGAUCUCCGGGAAAUUUUCUUAAUGUACACUCGCUUCAUAUGUAGCCUGCGGUCAUGGCUUCUCCAUUUCCCUAGCAAUAUUGCCAUUGAGCUCGACUCAAAGUGGAGGAAACACCCUCAAACAUUCAUCGAACGAUGCCGGGUAGUUCUCAAAAUGACCAGGGUUGAAACAGUAUGGUUUAUUGAUUACAGCCUGAAGCGGGACACACAUCGCUUGAAGUCAGAAAAAGGACGUGGCCUUCGAGAGAACCGGGCGGUCUUCUACGCUAUGGACCUGUGA